AUGUCCAGCAUCCACCUCCGCCACUGCUCCACUAUGCCCAUGCCCCGCGUCUGCCUCCGCCGCCGCCUCUCCUCCUCCUUCUCCUCCUCCUUCUCCAACUGCACCUCGCCGCCCUCACCACCCUGGUCUCCCCACGCAGCCUUUGCCGCGGCCACAGAGCGCGUACGAGCCGGGACGCUCAGCCCGCAAGACGCACACCACCUGUUCGACGUAUUGUUUCAGCAGGCCACUCGGGUCCCCGAGCGCUCCCUUGAUGGAUUCCUUGCCGCCCUCGGCGGUGCUGCGUCCUCUGAAGCCUGCAGAGACGGCCCCGCCCUCGCCCUCGCCCUUUUCAACCGUAUCUUCCGAGAAGAAGCCGGCAUGCGGGUGGCGCCGCCCACCAUCUUCACUUAUGGCAUCCUCAUGAACUGCUGCUGCCGCGUACGUCGUCCGGACCUAGGGCUUGCCUUCUUUGGGCGCAUCCUUAGGGCGGGCCUGAAGACAAACCAGAUCGCGGCCAACACGGUCAUCAAGUGCCUCUGCUGCGCAAAACAUACUGACGAGGCUGUCAAUAUGCUGCUUCAUAGGAUGUCCGACCUAGGCUGUGUGCCUGAUGACUUCUCAUACAACACAGUUCUGAAGAGCUUGUGUGAAGACGGCAGGAGCUUGCAGGCGCUUGACCUACUGCUCCAGAUGGUGUCCAAGGAAGGAGGUGCCUGCUCCCCUGACACGGUGGCAUAUAGCACGGUCAUCCACGGCUUCUUGAAGGAAGGCAAAGUAGACAAGGCAUGCAAUCUAUUCAAUGAAAUGAUGCGGCAAGGGGUUGUGCCUGAUGUGGUCAAUGGUGGCUCGAUUAUCGAUGCAUUGUGCAAAGCCGGAGCAAUGCACAAGGCAGAGUUGUUCCUUCGGCAGAUGGUUCAUAACGGUGUUCGACCGGAUGAGGUGACAUAUACUAGCAUGAUCCAUGGAUAUUCCACUUUGGGCCGGCUGAAAGAGGUGCGUAAAAUUUUCAGAGAAAUGACAAGCCGUGGUCUUAUACCAGAUAUUGUCACUUGGAACUCGUUCAUGGACUCCCUUUGCAAGCAUGGAAGAACCAAAGAAGCUGCAAAGGUUUUCUUUUCCAUGGCUGCAAAGGGCAACAAGCCUAAUAUUGUCUCCUACACUAUUCUUCUUCAUGGGUAUGCCAAUGAAGGAAGCUUUGCUGAUAUGAUGAGUCUCUUCAAUUCAAUGAAAGGCGGUGGCAUUGUAGCCAACUGCAAAGUUUUCAACAUAUUAAUUGGUGCAUAUGCUAAACGAGGGCUGAUAGAUGAAGCUAUGCUCAUACUUACUGAAAUGCGGGGACAAGGACUGAGUCCGGAUGUAGUCACCUAUUCAACUCUAAUAUCUGCACUUUGGAGAAUGGGUAAGCUGACUGAUGCUAUGGAUAGGUUCAGUCAGAUGGUUGUUGGUACGGGAGUACAGCCGGACACAGUUGUUUAUCACUCCCUAGUUCAGUUCUUAUGUACACAUGGUGAUUUGGUGAAAGCGAAGGAGUUGAUUUCUGAAAUGAUGAAUAAAGGUAUUGCUCGUCCAAACACUGCACUCUUCAGUUCAAUAAUGGACAGUCUACGCAAUGAAGGAAGGGUUAUAGAUGCACACCAUAUCUUUGACUUGGUUAUAGACAUAGGUGAGAAACCUGAUAGCAGUAUGUUUAGUACGCUGAUUGACGGAUAUUGCUUAGUCGGUGAGAUGGACAAAGCAUGUGGAGUACUUGAUGCCAUGGUAUCAGCUGGCAUUGAGCCUAAUGUCAUUACGUAUAGCACACUUGUCAGUAGAUAUUGUAAACGUGGAAGGAUCGCUAAUGGGUUGAUUCUGUUCAGACAAAUGUUGCAUAAGAAAGUUAAACCUACAACUGUUACAUAUGAAACCAUACUGAAUGGAUUAUUUCGUGCUGGGAGAACUGCUGAUGCGAAGAAAAUCUUCGAUGAGAUGAUCGAAAGUGGAAUAAUGGUGAGCAUUUCUACAUAUAAUAUAAUUCUUGGAGGACUUUGUAGAAAUAAUUGCGCAGAUGAAGCGAUUGUCCUAUUCCAGAACGUGCAAUGA